UUCACCCUCUGAGUUCACACGGCUCGCUUUUCAACCCAUGCUGUGAGAAGGGAUUCCAAAGAUUCUUGAAGUCAAUUAGAUUGUACGUGUGUGGGGCCGAAACCCGAUAAGUAGCCAAAUACUAAUUUGGUUGAAGGAACCCGUUCCGGCUCCAGUUGUGGUAUAACAGUUAUUUACGGGUAACAAGGAGUUACUUAUUGUGAAGAUUCACUGAAAAAAGCUCCCAAUUUCUUCUGAUUACUAAGUUCCAAGCUGCCAUUAUGUCUGCGAUCAUAACAGCAGUUUUCAAAGCGACUAUUGGAUGGCUUGUGGAUAAAGGCAGAGAUGAGGCAGCAAAAAAGCUUAAAGAUGGCGACGUAACAGAUCAACAGUUUCGCGGCAUCAUCAUGCGAGAAAUCGAUGACAUGAAGUCCAAGCUGGAUGGAUUAUCAAGGAAAGAUUUGUUAGCGAGUAUUGGAUUCUUUAGAGAAGGAAUCGAGUUGCUGUAUGAAGUAUUUGAAGAGAAAAGGUCGAGGAGUGAGUAUGGCGCGGAUACAGCACAAGCGGCUUGUGCGGAAGCUGUGUCGCUCGCUGAAGGAAUGAAACACUUGGAGCUUACUGAAUCUGCCACAAGAAAGCUCUCUAAUGCAAAGAAGAGAUUCGAACGUGCUCGUGAAAGAGCAACAGAUGCCUUUUCUAAUGAAGCGCUAUCAUCAAAUGACCGCAUCUUAGCAAUGCAGUACCGAGUGAUGGCAACAGUAUUAGAAACAAUAGACCAUCCCGCAGAUGCUGUAGCACCAUGUAAAGUGUGCAUUGAAGAGCUAAACGGUCUGCCCGUGGUUCAGCGAAGUUUUCAAGAACAGCUCAGGACAGGUAUCAUGGCAAUGAAGAGUUUAUUUAACAAAGAAGAACGACGGAAAGUUAUUUCCGGUGUCUGUCUUGUCAACCGCGUCGUCUACGAUGUCACACAAACAGCGCACGUUAAAGAACCAUUUACAAAUGAACCAUUUGCAAAAGAAUUAUUUCCACCAUUGCCCAUGAUUGACACAGGGAAGGAGAAAGUUGAUCUGUUGCGAGACCGGAGAGUAACAAAAAUACUUUGUAAACAGGGUAUGGAGAACUGUAGUGUACCAUGGAUACUUGUUCAUGAUGGCGAAAAGGAGCACGGUUUAAAUAUCCCGGCUGAUAUCGCUACCAACUCAAGCGGGCAAUAUAUUGUAGCAGACAUUGACUCGACAAUCAAGGUGUAUGACAGCAGUGGCAAGUUUGUGCAAUGUUUCAGACUUCCUCCUCUUAUUGAUGACAGCGGUAAAGAGCUAUCGAUUUAUUUCUUGGACGUUCAGCUAGCCACAGACAUGAAUGACAACAUUUAUGUCCUGGUCGAAGCGUGUGGUGAGGACUCACACUGGAUUUUUAAUUUUAACAAAACCGCUGAUCAUCAUCACAAGUUUUGCAUCAGGACAAUGGGCUACAAAUUUGACUCGUGUAAACUGUCAGUCAGUGAUAGUGGUACAGUGAUGGUACUGAAGAGUAACUUGAGCAAGACACAUCAUAUUGUGGAUGUUUAUGAGACUGAUGGUCAGUUUGUUUGCAGUUUUGGAGAACAAAUCUUGACGAGCCCCUGCGACAUCACCACUGUAAGUGAUGGCAGAGUUAUGGUGGUACAAGAGCAUCCGUCACGUGUUCACAUAUUUAGCGAACAAGGUGACCAUCUAAACACGUUUGAUCUGCAAAUAUCUAUGGCGUUUUCAAAAAUUGCAUUUCACAGGGCAAGUCAACAUGUCGUGGUGGUCGGUGGUGAGGACUAUAAUUCAGACAUCUUGCAUAUAGAAAUUUACACCAAAGAUGGUGAGUUUGUGCGAAGUACUCCUGUCAAUAUGGGACAGUCCUAUAUUCUGAUGAGGAUGGCAGUGACCACUGACGGCCGCAUUGCACUAGCAGCUUGGCUUGAUGAUUUAAGACGCGAACUUCCAACUUCCACGUGCAAGUGGUUGCAAGUGUUGAAGAAACAUGGAAUUGCCAGCAACCACCGAGUAGGAGAAGUAAAAGAAGAUGAUUUUCGUCAUUUCGAUGUAAUAUUGGCCUUUGAUAAGAGAAAUGUACGACGUCUGAAUGAAAUUUUUAGGCCAAAUGAUGGCACUACGCCAGCGGAAGUAAAACUGUUUGGAACAUAUGACCCCAAAGGAGAGUCGAAUAUAGACGAUCCUUUGUUUGGAGACAUUUCAGAUUAUGAAAAAAUGUUCGAUCAUGUUUAUAGAUGCUGUGUGGAGUUUUUGAAACACUGUUAG